UGGGUGACUGGCCGGCGGGUGGGCAGGCAGGUGGGGGGCAGUGGGUGUGAGCACAAGGGGAGCUCGCAUGGGACGAACCCCCAGCCCGGGGCGGAUGCGGUGCCCAACUUGAUGCGGCCCUCCAGCCACUCCGAAGGUCCAGGGAAGCCCAGGGUCACCAUCAUCUGAAGCCACUUUCCCAAAAGGGCCAUGUCAUCAUCUGUUCCAGGACUGAAGAGGGGAUGGCCGCAGCCGCAGUAGCUCCGAAGCAGGCCUGGCCCCCGUGGCCGUGGCCGCCUCUCCUGCUCUUGCUCCUCCUGCCCGCAGGGAGCGGCGGCGGCUGCCCUGCCGUGUGUGACUGCACCUCCCAGCCACGGGCAGUGCUCUGCGCCCACCGGCGGCUGGAGGCCGUGCCCGGGGGCCUCCCCCUGGACACUGAGCUCCUGGACCUGAGCGGGAACCGUCUGUGGGGGCUGCAGCAGGGGAUGCUGUCUCGCCUGGGCCUGCUCCGGGAGCUGGACCUCAGCUACAACCAGCUGUCCAGCCUGGAGCCCGGGGCCUUCCAGGGCCUGCAGAGCCUGCUCACCCUGCGACUGCAGGGCAAUCGGCUGCGAAUCAUGGGGCCCGGGGUCUUCUCGGGCCUGCCCGCCCUCACCGUGCUGGACCUCCGCCUCAACCAGAUCGUCCUCUUCCUGGACGGAGCGUUUGGGGACCUGGGCAGCCUCCAGCAGCUGGACGUGGGCGACAACCACCUGGUGUUUGUGGCUCCGGGGGCCUUCGCGGGGCUGGCCAAGCUGAGCGCCCUCACCCUGGAGCGCUGCAACCUCAGCACGGUGCCCGGCCCGGCCCUGGCCCGGCUCCCCGAGCUGGUGUCCCUGCGGCUCCGAGAACUGGACAUCGGGAGGCUGCCGGCGGGGGCGCUCCAGGGGCUGGGGCAGCUCCGGGAGCUGGAGAUCCACCACUGGCCGGCCCUGGAGGCCCUGGAGCCCGGGAGCCUGGCCGGGCUCAACCUGAGCAGCCUGGCCAUCACCCGCUGCAACCUGAGCUCCGUGCCCUUCCAGGCGCUGCACCACCUGAGCUUCCUGCAGGUCCUGGACCUCUCCCAGAACCCCAUCUCGGCCAUCCCCGCCGGGGGGCUCAGCCCGCUGGUGCGGCUGCAGGAGCUCCGGCUGUCCGGGGCCUGCCUCACCUCCAUCGCCGCCCAGGCCUUCCACGGCCUCCCCGCCUUCCACCGCCUGGACGUGGCGGACAACGCCCUGCAGACGCUGGAGGAAACGGCCUUCCCUUCUCCGGAGAAGCUGGUCGCCCUGAAGCUGUCUGGCAACCCCCUGACCUGUGACUGCCGCCUCCUCUGGCUGCUCCGGCUGCGCCGCCGCCUGGACUUCGGGGCGUCGCCGCCCGCCUGCGCCGGCCCCCGGCACGUCCAGGGCAAGAGCCUGGGGGAGUUCUCGGACAUCCUCCCGCCGGGGCACUUCACUUGCCAGCCGGCCCUGAUCCAGAAGUCCGGGCCUCGCUGGGUCAUCGCGGAGGAGGGGGGGCGCGCCGUGUUCUCCUGCUCUGGGGAUGGGGACCCAGCCCCCACCGUCUCCUGGCUGAGGCCCCCGGGGGCCUGGCUGGGGAGGGCUGGGCGGGUCCGGGUGCUGGAGGACGGGACGCUGGAGAUCCGCUCGGUGCAGCUGCGGGACAGAGGGGCCUACGUCUGCAUGGUCAGCAACGUCGCGGGGAACGACUCCCUGAGGACCUGGCUGGAAGUGAUCCAGGUUGAGCCACCCAAUGGCACGCUCUUUGACCCCAACAUCACCACACCAGGGGUCCCGGGGCCCUUCCUGCUGGACAGCAGAGGGGUAGCCAUGGUGCUGGCGGUGGGCUUCCUCCCCUUCCUCACCUCCGUGACCCUCUGCUUUGGCCUCAUUGCCCUCUGGAGCAAGGGCAAAGGUCGGGUCAAGCAUCACGUGACCUUCGACUUUGUGGCACCUCGGCCCACUGUGGAGAAGAACUCCGGGGGCAACCGGGUCACUGCCAAGCUCUUCUGACCUUUCCCUUUCACGCUGGGGACCCAGGCGAGCCAGCUUCAGAUACCAAAGGGUCCCAAGCAGCCCAGGUCUCCCAGGCCUCCUGCCUGCACCAUGCCCAGGGCUAUGGCACCUCCGGUUAGCCUGCCUCAUGCUGCUGCAGUCUGAGGAUGGCAUUAUCAUCUCUUCCCUGAGGGCCCCAGGGAGCUGGCGUGGAGACCUUGGUGUCAGCCCAGCCUUGCCCCCCAAUACACAGAGCAGGACAUAUAACUAAGGCUCCAGGCUGCCCAUCAGGCUUUCUUUACACAUACCCAUAGGCCUUGAUAAGCAAUAGCAGUCGCCAACCACACUGUGAGAUGACUUCGGAGGGAAGUGCCAUUUGCUUCUGAGAGUCUCUGCUCCUCAACCAGGUGGUCUUCCCUCUUUCUCUUCCAUCCCCUCCCCCAGGCAGAAGGAAAGGACCAGGGACCUCAGCUGAGGAGAAGAGGAGGUGAGUGUGGGACUGGGGAGGACAGACCACACCCUAGCACUGUGUCCGCAUGAGCCUCCACCUCCGGCCUCUGUCUGUCAUCUCAUUAAACCUGCUGCCCGAAC